GCCAACUGCCACUUGUUAUAUAAAAAGCACUUUAAAUAAUUGAAAUCCAAAUCCUCCUUUGGGACCGUGAUACUUAGCCUAAUCAAUGCUCAAAACCAUGAGAGAUGCACAAAUCCUCAAAUUCAAGGGAAUCAAUUUGAGCCGCUGAUCGUGCGCCGCGGCUAUAGGUGGGAUCGCGAGUCAGACGGUCGAGAUCACUCACUCACUCGGGCACCAGAACGAACUACGCAUACUAUAAUUACCCAUUGAAGGAGCGAUAGAAUCGGGAAAAAAGUGGUAGAUGUCACGAACGGUAGGUAGAUCGGUCUGCUCCCAGCGCUAUAUAAAUGCCGCCCCGCAAUUUCUCUGCAACAAUCGCAGAUUUCGCACUUCCAUCUGAAAAUUUGAGGCACAGAGAGAGAUAGAGAAAGAAAGAGAUGGCGCCGGCAACGCUAACGUCACUGGCGGGGGAGAAGACGCUGCAGGCGAAGUUCGUCAGGGACGAGGAUGAGCGUCCGAAGAUUGCGUAUAACCAGUUCAGCAACGAGAUUCCGGUGAUAUCUCUGGCCGGAAUCGACGAUACCGGCGGCCAGCGAUCGGAAAUAUGCCGGAAGAUCGUGGAGGCGUGCGAAGACUGGGGGAUAUUCCAGGUGGUGGACCAUGGCGUCGACGCCGGUCUUGUGGCGGAGAUGACUCGCCUCGCUCGCGAGUUCUUCGCUUUGCCUUCGGAAGAGAAGCUUCGGUUCGACAUGUCCGGUGGCAAGAAGGGCGGCUUCAUCGUGUCCAGUCAUCUCCAGGGCGAAGCAGUCCAAGACUGGCGGGAAAUAGUGACGUACUUCUCGUACCCGAUCCGGACCCGGGACUACUCGAGAUGGCCCGACAAGCCCGAGGGGUGGAGGGCUGUGACGGAGGCCUACAGCGAGAAGCUGAUGGGGCUCGCUUGCAAGCUGCUGGAGGUGCUUUCUGAGGCCAUGGGGCUGGAGAAGGAAGCCCUGACCAACGCCUGCGUUGACAUGGACCAAAAGGUGGUGGUCAAUUUCUACCCCAAAUGCCCACAACCCGACCUCACUCUCGGACUCAAGCGACACACGGAUCCGGGUACCAUAACCCUGCUCCUCCAGGACCAGGUGGGAGGCCUCCAGGCCACCAGGGACGAUGGUAAGACCUGGAUCACCGUUCAACCCGUGGAAGGCGCAUUUGUUGUCAAUCUAGGCGAUCACGGUCACUUUUUGAGCAACGGGAGGUUCAAGAAUGCGGAUCACCAGGCGGUGGUGAACUCGGAUUGCAGCAGGCUAUCGAUAGCGACGUUCCAGAAUCCGGCGCCGGAGGCGAGGGUGUACCCGCUGGCCAUAAGGGAGGGGGAGAAGGCGGUGAUGGAGGAGCCCAUCACAUUUGCAGAGAUGUACAAGAGGAAAAUGGGGCGGGACCUGGAGCUCGCCCGCCUCAAGAAGCUUGCGAAGGAGAAGAAGACGGAGGAUCUGCUGAAGGACGUUGACAAGCCCAAAGCCCUCGACGACAUUCUUGCUUAAUUUCAUUUACCUUGGAGCUUGCUUUGUUUUUAACGUUUUGGAUUUUGAUUGUGUGCAAGGGGGCGAAUAUGUAGUUAUGCAUUUUAGCAAAUACUUUUUUAUGUAUAUGUUUUGUUUAUUGUAAAAGAUGCAGAAAAAUAAAUAAAGAUAAAAUAGAAAUUUUUCGUGUU